AGAAAAGAAAGAUAGAAAUGAUCGAUGGUGUGUGUCGGCCAAAAUUGGAUUUAUCUUAAAGGAAGAUCAACGUGGCGGCCGUGCCCAGACGACAGACUAGCAGCCAAGUAGGAAGCUCUUAUGUCCUACCUCCUCUUUCUUUUCUUUGUUUCUUUCUUUCCAUCUCCCUCUCUUUUUGUGAUAUAUAUAAGCAAACCAUAGCGUCUAAGGCAACCGUUUUAGCUCUCUAAGCUUCAAACAUCACCACCACCACCCACAGAAUCUCUCUCCUCUUUUAUUAUACUAAGUAGUCCUUUUUUAUCUUUAUUAUUAUUAUUAAUUUAUGAAUUGAACUCUUCAAGAAAUCAUGGAGGAAUCGUCAGGAGAGUAUUGUUCAAGCUCGAGCUCAACCUCUCCAACUACUACUGCUACUACUGCUACUGAGAAGCGUAAACAAAGGCAACAGCAACAAGACAAGCCUUAUAGAGGAAUAAGGAUGAGAAAGUGGGGGAAGUGGGUUGCUGAGAUUAGAGAACCCAACAAGCGUUCGAGAAUUUGGCUUGGUUCUUAUUCAACCCCUAUAGCUGCUGCUCGUGCUUAUGACACCGCAGUUUUCUACCUUAGAGGUCCUUCUGCUAGGCUUAAUUUUCCUGAUUUGAUAUACCAGGAAGACGGUCUGGGUGAUAUGUCUGCUGCUUCUAUACGCAAGAAAGCUACUGAAGUUGGAGCCCAAGUCGAUGCCCUUCAACAAACCACAAAUCUCCAUCAUCACCACUCGUCAGAAAAGAAACUAGUUUCUUCCGAGAAACCUGACUUGAAUCAGUAUCCAAACCCUGAAAAUUCUGAUGAUGAGUAGAAGAUAUGAUCUCUUGAUUAAUUAAUUAAUUAAUUAUGACUCUUAUGUAAUCAUUUUAAAUUUUUGGCUUUGGUUUCUUUAAUCUUUUUUCUUGGGUUAUAAUAGCCACCUCCUUCUCUAUGUGCAUGCCUCAGAAAAGUUCGUCAGACACGCAAAUGAAAAAGAGGAUAUUAUAAGAAAUAGAUUGAUGAGAAGGAUUCUGCUUCAUAAGAAGAGAGUGAAGAAAUUGGCUCUUCUUACUUUAUCUCAUCUGGUCAGUUUGUAACAUUAAAAAGUAGUUAGAUAAAAGGAUGCCAAAUAGUUAAGUUUUAGUUUAGUUAGUUAACCUAUCAAGUUAAAUUUGAUUCUGUGUUUUGUCUUUUAGUAGCGGUAACAUGUUGCUAUGUAUGUCCUUGAUUUUCUUGAAGUUGGGUUCCAAUAAUAUGACUUGGAAAAUUAGUUGAUAA